GGAGGAGGGGAACGUCACACUUCGGCAUGACAGAGCUUGGUGCUUCUUGGGCGAGCUAUUUUUUAUAAUAUUUGUGUUGGUUUUUAUUCAUUUUGAAAGUUUUAUUCAUACGUAAGGAGUAUUGUCAGAUUCCCGUGCCUGUCGGCUGGAAGUGAUUUGGAAGAGCCAGGAUGUCCAGAUACUUUACUAGACUUAAGAAACAGAGACACUAUUCUUGGUUUGGGAAGGAUUCUUUGAUCGACAGAAAGUUACAAGUUGCUAUCUACGAAGGUCUUUGUGUGAAAUCGGAAGACAGCAACACAAUCAUAAGAACUGGAGAUUUUAUUUUAAUAGAAGGAGACCAUGAAGAAAAUCCUUAUGUUGCAAGGCUGCUCAAACUAUAUGAUGAUGGCAGCGGCUCUUCUGGCAAGCGAGCUGAGGUGCAGUGGUUUGUUCGCAUCAAUGAAAUACCCUUCAGCAAACAUAAAGUGCUUGGCAGAGAGCCAUACGCACAGGAGGUGUUUUUCUACAACAUCAAGAACUGUGACUCUGAUAUUGAUGCAGAGACGAUCAUCUGCACAGCCCAGGUUAUACACCUGUCACCAGAGACCCCUUUCCCAGUGGCAGAAAGGAAGGUGAAAACUCUGUAUGCCAAGUUGUCAUGGGAUGGGAAAAAAUUCAAAGCUCUACCAGAAGAUGUUUUUCUAAAAGGAGUCGGUUGCAUUCUGGGAGACAAGACUUUAGAAUCUCCAGGCAAAGUUCCACUAGAAAGACAUCAAGCUGUCGCAAUCCAAGAAGUGGAGUCCCGUCAUUCUGCCUCCAAAAAUUCUCAUUCGAAGGAUCCAUCUGCUAGAAAGACUCCUAACAGAAGCAGUACGCCCGGGGCUCGAAAGAAACUCCAGCUCAGUAGUCCAGUGAAGUCUCCCAAGUUAACUGGAAAGGAGGUCUUGAAAGAACUCUUCAAUGCAGAUGGGGUCGUUAUCUCCCUGGAGAGCAAGAACUCUAAAUUGACACGAACAAAUAGUGUGGCUGGUGCACCUCCAACAAAAGCAAAUGAAAAUGGUUUACAUUCGGAGACAGUGGAGAGUUCCCCUGUUGGCAAAAAACGAGCCAUCCAACCAACAAGUAGGCACUGCUUGAUACCUUUAAAUGAAGACACCCCAGCCAAGAAAAUCCGGAAGAAUACCAAUGGCCAGGAACUCUCAGAGGAACUUUUGGGAAUCUCUCCUUUAAAUGGUGACGUGCUUGAAGUCUGCUUCCUUACCAGAGCUUCCCAGAAAACCACAGAGAAAGAAGCUGCUCCCAGGAGAAAGGAGAAAAUGGACAACUCUGGUGAAGACCAUAGAACUCGGUCAAGUAGAAAUGACAACAAGAACUUUGAUAACUCAAAAAAAACAUCUAGUAGUGAUGACGAUGACUUGGGGUGUGAAACUAAAGAGAGAAGAAGUAGCAGUUCACCCUCUAAAACACUCAGGAGCUCUCGGAAGUCUUCAGUACAGAAAUCGAGCACAACACCAAACAAAACGCCAAUUCCAAGAACCCCACAGGGAUCUUACUGUGCCACUCCUAGCAGGUCGACAAGAUCCCAGGCCUCCAGGAAACUCAGAAGUCUUUCAGAGGAGACAAGUGCCUGUAGUGAAGACUAUGGUGAGAGCAAUACUGAGAUAAAGAGCACGUCUCAGACUCCCCGUUCCAGACGAAAGUGUGCAUUGGUAUCCUCUGCUCGAACCCAGCAGCAGCUGAACUUCUUAAACAACAUGAAGCUUCAGCAAGAGGUGGAAAACAGUGACGGUGAAGAUAAUCCGUAUAUUCCUGAGAAAGACGUGCAUAGCACUGAUGAGGAAGAAGAGUUAGAUACUGAGAUCAGCAGCAGGAGUAGCCACAGUUCAGUACCCAGAACCCCCAGCUCUGCUCGUAAGCUUUCAGUGCAAACCUCGGCUAAGAAAUCCAUCAAGACGCCAAGUAAAACAUCAGCUUCCAAAACUCCUCGAACACCACGCCAUGCCACACCUAAUAUUCCCACAAGGUCGCAGCCUGCCAGGAAACCCAGCAAUGUGUUGGAAGAAGCCAGAGCCAGGCUCCACGUGUCAUCUGUUCCUGAGUCGCUGCCCUGUCGAGAGCAAGAAUUCCAGGACAUCUAUAGCUUUGUGGAAAGCAAGAUUAUUGAUGGAACAGGAGGGUGUAUGUACGUUUCUGGUGUUCCAGGUACCGGCAAGACAGCAACUGUACAUGAAGUGAUCCGCUGUCUGCAGCACGCAGCUGACCAGGAUGAGAUCCCUCCAUUCAACUUUAUUGAAAUAAAUGGCAUGAAAAUGACUGAUCCACAUCAGGCGUACGUCCAGAUAUUGCAGAUGUUGACUGGACAAAAAGCUACUGCUGAUCAUGCUGCCACCUUGCUGGAAAAACGAUUCAACACCUCUGCACCCAAGAGAGAGACCACUGUGCUACUUGUGGACGAGCUUGACUUACUGUGGACCCGCAAGCAAAAUGUGAUGUAUAACUUGUUUGACUGGCCCACCAGGAAGACUGCAAAGUUAGUAGUCCUGGCAAUUGCAAACACCAUGGACUUACCAGAGAGGAUAAUGAUUAACCGGGUGGCAAGCAGAUUGGGUCUAACUAGGAUGUCCUUCCAGCCGUACACCUAUAAGCAGCUGCAGCAGAUCAUUACGUCACGCCUGAACCAGAUCAAAGCCUUCGAAGAUGAUGCCUUGCAGCUUGUCUCCCGAAAGGUGGCAGCUCUAUCAGGGGAUGCCCGGAGAUGUCUGGAUAUCUGCAGGAGGUCCACAGAUAUUUGUGAGCUCUCUAGCAACUACAAGGCUGGCACCUCGCUAGUAGGGAUGAGCCAUGUGAUGGAAGCCCUGGAUGAAAUGUUCUCUUCCCCUUACAUUACAGCCAUCGGGUGUGCCUCACUUCAUGAGCAGCUUUUCUUAAAAGCAACGAUUGCUGAAUUCCGUCGACUAGGCCUUGAAGAAGCCUCCUUCCAGCAGGUAUUCCAACAACACCUGGCCCUGUGCCGUGUGGAGGGCGUGAAGCCCCUGUGCAUGUCUGAGGGACUCGCUGUCUGCCAGCGCCUGGGAGCCUGUCGACUCCUCCUAAUUGAGAACAGCAAAAAUGACCUGCACUUGCGGGUGCGGCUCAAUGUCAGCCAGGAUGAUGUACUUUAUGCUCUUAAGGAGGAGUAGCACCCCAAACACACGAUAGUAAGUUUAGAAAGGUUUGCCUGGAUUUGUAAAAUACAAACAAAGCACAGGACAGUUUUGACUUUCGUUUUUGUUAGCACACCAAGAAUUUUUUUUUCUUCUUAAUAUAUUUAUAUUUUUUGUUUUUACAAAUUCUGUCUUUUAAAGAGGAAACGUGACUUUGUUUCAAACUUUUAAUUGUUAAUAGUUCUGCUUUCUUGAUAGGCAGAAUUUUAUGUGUUGUGAAGUUGUAAGUAUUAAAUAAAUGUUUUAUGUAGACUCUGUA